AUGGAGCAGCCCUCCCCGGGCCCCUCCCCCUCUCGCCCGAGCGUGUCCGUGACCGACCGUGUCUCGAGCGCGCGCGAGAGCCUCGGGGGGCUCUCGCUCUUCGACGACGAGGACCUCGCGGACCUCGCGGGGUCCGACGACGGGCUCCUCGACUUCCCGGAGUUGCCCGUCGAGGAGACGGUUGACGUCUUCGGCCCCGGCGCCUGGCCGGACGUGUCCCAGGCCCCCCUGGGACUUGGGGGCCGUCGGUGGACGCUCGCGGAGUCGCUGAACGUCGGCGACUUCGUGGCGCUGGAGACGGGCGACUACUGGCGCCCGCAGCGCGAGGGCGGCGGCAGCACGCACGCCUUUUUGCUCGCGCGCGUCAUGGAGCAGCGCGGGAGCGGCGGGAAGGGCUACGUCGUCGCGGACGACCGCGCGACGCGGACGCACGACAACGAGGAGUACCGCCCCGGGGACCCCGUCGUCCUGGUGCGCCUCUUCGACCGCACGGGCGCGGACACGCGCCGCUUCACCGUCCGCAUCUACCGCGCGAACGGCAGGAGCGUUCUCCGAAAGCUCGACUCGGGCGACGGCCGCGAGGACCAGCCCGUCGUCGGCGGCACCACCGCCGUCGCGCCACGCGCGACGGCUGGCAACGCGUGGGCGGGCGCGUACGAGGAGAAGCUCUUCAAGGCCGAGGCCACCGCCAUCAUCGGCGACUUCGCCGCGGCCGCGGCCGACGGCGACGACGCGCGGCUGUUUUUGUAUUACGCGUCGCACCUGUCGCACACGCCGAUGCAGGUGGAGCAACAUGUGCUCGACGCGUUCCUCAACGAGAGCGCCACGCUGUCGCUGCCCGGUCUGGGCUACGCGGCCAUGACCAACGCGCUCGACGCCGCGGUGGCGAACGUCACCGCGGGAUACUGCGGCGCGGGCCGCCUCUUCGAUUUGCUGUUGGACCCGACGGAGCAUCACACUGCCAAAUACACCGUGCUGUGUCAUUCUUAUUUCCCCCUGCGAUAUUGGUUGCUCUUGAUUUGUUCUCGGUUCCUAGUUGCAUGUAUCUCGUAG